AUGCUGCCGGUGGAGUUCGACCCCUACAAUCGCGUGCAUUAUGAUCUCAAUCACGAGAUCACAAGAAGAUCGGCGACCAUUUCGGCGGUUGCUCUUUACGACGUCCAACAUCGGUCCUCUUUGGAUCUCAACGUCGGCUGCAACAUCAUGAGACUCAACUCUUUAGUUGCUGGUAUCGCCGGGCUGGCGAUGGUGUCGCUGGCGACCGCGCAGGAGAAGUGCGGCAGCGAGGAACCGGCCCCCGAAGCCUACAAAGCCGCUGUUGGUUUGCGCGCCGCACAGCGCGCCGAAGGCAUCUCGGCUGGAUAUCUCAGCAAGCGCGAGGAGGGACUGCUCAUCACGACGUACCUGCACGUCGUCGAGGAUGAGGCGCAUCGGGGAUUUGUAACGGACACGAUGAUCAAUGACCAGCCCAGUGGGUUCGCGUGCACGACACUGACCGCCGAGCAGAUGAGAGUCCUCAACGAGACCUUCGCCCCGCACAACAUCCAGUUCGUAGUCAAGAACCUCACCCACACCGUCAACGACGCCUGGACGCGCCAGGCCCGCAUCAAAGAGAAGGCCGAGGCCCUCCGCCAGGGCGCCUACGACGAGCUCAACAUCUACUUCGAGACGGGCCUCAUGACGAACCCCAACUCCGCCACCGGCGUCGGCAGCUUCCCCGUCGAGGACCCCUGGAACACGGGCAUCAACGGCACCUCGUGGUAUACCUACGACGGCUGCCACGUCAGCGUCGGCACCAUGCCCGGCGGACCCGGCGUCCCCUGGGACCCCGAAGACAACCAGGGCAAGACGGCGACGCACGAGGUCGGGCACUGGUUUGGGCUGUUCCACGUCUUUGACGGGUUCGACUGCUACGGCGAGGGGGACCUGAUCGAUGACACGCCCGCGACCAUGGUCGCCACGGUCGGGUGUCCGGAGACUCAGGAUUCUUGUCCUGAUCACCCUGGGCUAGAUCCAAUCCACAACUAUAUGGACUACACGAAACACGCAUGUAUUUCCGAGUUUACGCCUCUCCAGGAGGAGCGAAUGUACCGUUCUUUCAACACGUUAAGACGGGGGAGAUGA